AUGGAUGUUGUGAGAGAAAAACUGGACUUCAACUUCCAGAAUUCCAUGGCGCCUUCAAUUAUCGACAACUACUCUGCUGGUGCUAAUAAAGCAUCGCACAAAAAUCCAUCAUUUGAAUCCUCAGACCCAGCUAUAUACGAAGAGUAUCACGCAACAUUCUCUGCGGAAUCCAUUCCCUCCAGCACCUCAGCCUGGCUCCAACGUGCUCGAGAUGUCGCCUCUAUUCUAGCCACAGACACAGCAGCUCGCGACAUAGACAAUAAAUCCCCCUUUGCUGAGAUAUCCCUCCUCAAGUCUUCAGGUCUGCUCAAAGUGCUAGGCCCAACAGGAUAUGGCGGCGGCGGCCAGGAUUGGGAGAUUGGCUACAAAGUCAUUCGCGAAGUAGCAAAGGGGGAUGGGUCUAUCGGCAUGCUGCUUGGAUAUCAUCUACUCUGGUCCAAGACGGCGGAUAUCGUGGGAACAGAUGAGCAGAAAGAGCGCUUCCAGAAGUUGAUCAUUGAGAACAACUAUUUCGUCGGAGGAGCUGUUAACCCUCGCGACAACGAUCUUGCCAUCUCCGAUCAUGGCGAUCAUCUCGUCUUCAACGGAUCCAAGCAUUUCAAUACCGGUGGUGUAAUCUCAGACCUUACAGUCUUCGAAGGUGUGUUAUCUGGGACGUCCAACCAUGUUUUCGCCAUCGUACCAACUUCACAACCUGGCUUCGAAUUCGCUCACAAUUGGAACAACAUUGGUCUUCGCCUGACAGAAUCCGGCAGCGUGAAGAUCAACGAUAUCAAAGUGCCUUGGAGUGAUGCCCUGGGCUGGGACGCCACAAGCAAAAAACCACUAGAUUCUGUGCUCUCGAUCCCAUUUGCAACACUUCUCCUUCCCACCAUCCAAUUGGUGUUCGCAAACUUCUAUCUCGGCAUCGCACAAGGAAGUCUCGAGUUUGCAAGAGGCUACACCACCACCUCAACACGUGCGUGGCCAUUCGGCGGCGACAACAAAGACUCUGCGACCGAAGAGUUCUACAUCCUCGAGCGGUAUGGAAAUUUCCAUGCUCAUUUGCUCGCAGCAGAAGCUUUGACCGACCGAGCAAGCAAGGAAAUCAGCGACAUUUUUCUUACUCAUGGUGGCAAGCGAGACGUGUCUGCACGCCAAAGAGGGGAAGUGGCAGAGUGGGUCGCGAGCGCCAAAGUAGUGACAACAGACACAAGCUUGCGAGUCACUGCAGGUGUGUUUGAGGUUACGGGCAGCAGAGCGACUGGCAAGAAAGUUGGUCUCGACCGGUUCUGGAGGGAUGUUCGAACACACACGCUUCACGAUCCCGUUGCGUACAAGAACAGAGAAUUGGGGAGAUAUUUCUUGUUGGAUGAGGUUCCAGAACCGACUUGGUAUACCUAA